CUCACCCCGGUUAGACUCCGACCCCGGGUCCCGCUUCACUUCGCCUCCUCCACACCGCCUCCUCCACACCGCCGCCUCCACACCGCCACCACCACCACCGCCCGCACUCGACUCGACUCCCCCGUCGCAAUGCACCGCUUGCUCAGCCUCCCCGCGCUGCGGGCCGCCGCCUCCCGCGUCGCCUUGACGGGGCCUGCUCCGACCGCGCGGCCGCUCUCGUCCACGGCAACGUUGGCGUCCUCGUCGGCGGCGGCCUCGACGGACUCGACGGACGUGGACGACCCCAACUUUUUCCGCAUGGUCGAGGGCUUCUUCGACCGCGGCGUGAGCAUCGUGGAGGACAAGCUGGUGGAGGACCUGCGCACGAGGGAGUCACCCGAAGAGAAGAGACGCCGGGUGCGGGGCAUCCUCAAGAUCGUGAAGCCGUGCAACCACAUCCUGAGCGUCUGCUUCCCCAUCAAGAGGGACAACGGCGAGUGGGAGGUCAUCGAGGCGUACCGCGCGCAGCACAGCCAGCACCGCACGCCCUGCAAAGGAGGAAUCCGCUACAGCAUGGACGUGUGCGUGGACGAGGUGAAGGCCUUGGCGUCACUCAUGACCUACAAGUGUGCUGUCGUGGAUGUGCCUUUUGGAGGUGCAAAAGCUGGAGUUAAGAUCAACCCCAGAAACUACUCGGACGUGGAAUUGGAAAAGAUCACGCGUCGCUUCACGAUCGAGCUGGCCAAGAAGGGCUUUAUCGGACCGGGCAUCGAUGUGCCAGCACCAGACAUGAGCACGGGCGAGCGCGAGAUGUCGUGGAUCGCCGACACCUAUGCCAACACCAUGGGCCACACCGACAUCAACGCGCACGCGUGCGUGACGGGCAAGCCCAUCACCCAGGGGGGCAUCCAUGGGCGCGUGUCGGCCACGGGCCGCGGUGUCUUCCACGGCAUCGAGAACUUCAUGAACGAGGCGUCGCUCAUGGGCACCGUGGGCCUGGCCCCGGGGCUCAAGGACAAGACCUUCAUUGUGCAGGGCUUUGGCAACGUCGGUCUGCACUCCAUGCGGUACCUGCACCGGGCUGGAGCGAAGUGCGUGGGCAUCGGGGAGCUCGACGGGAACUUGUACAACCCCAGCGGCAUCGACCCCAAAGAUCUGGAGGAGUACAAGCUCCAACACGGCACGGUGCUGGGCUUCCCUGGGGCAAAGCCGUACGACGGAAACAUCCUGGAGGCGCAGUGCGACAUCCUCAUCCCGGCCGCCGGAGAGAAGCAGCUCACCAGGCUCAACGCCCACCGCAUCAAGGCCAAGAUCAUCGCGGAGGGAGCCAACGGACCCACUACCCCCGACGCGGAUAAGAUCUUCCUGAAGAACAACGUCAUGGUCAUCCCGGACCUGUACCUGAACGCGGGCGGUGUGACGGUCUCCUUCUUCGAGUGGCUCAAGAACCUCAACCACGUGAGCUACGGGCGCCUGACCUUCAAAUACGAGCGCGAGUCCAACUACCACCUGCUGAACUCGGUACAAGAAAGCAUCGAACGAAAGUUCGGGAAGACCCAAGGAAGCAUCCCCAUCGUGCCCACCGAAGACUUCCAGGCGCGGAUCGCCGGUGCAUCAGAGAAGGACAUUGUCCACUCGGGGCUGGCCUACACGAUGGAGCGCUCCGCAAGGCAAAUCAUGCGCACGGCGAUGAAGUACAACCUGGGGCUGGACCUGCGCACGGCGGCGUACGUCAACGCCAUCGAGAAAGUGUUCCGCGUCUACAACGAGGCCGGCCUCACCUUCUAAAGGCCCUCACCCGAAACAACGGGACAACCACACUCACACGCCUGCACGCCAAUCACGCGCCAAACGCCGGCGCGCCAAACACCCGCACAGUACCACGUGUCAAACACCCACACAGCACCACGUGCCAAACACCUGCACAGCACCACGUGCCAAACACCCACACAGCACCUUUUAGCAUGAUGAGCUAAGACUUCGCCUUGAAGCCCUCUCUCGUGGCUAGCAGGCAGUUGGCAUUUAUGAACGGUGCAACGCGCAGGAAGUAGUUAAGAUUGACCAUGGCAUGAGCCGAGGUCGCUCAUUCCUGGGUUCACUUUUUGUUACACGAUUUUCCGUGCAUCUCUCUAAACCACUGCCCUCUGGAUAUGAUUACCACGUGGGAGUUUCACUGUUAUACGUUGCCGAACGGUGGAUGCUUGUAGCCACUGUGGCCUCAAGGAUGAGCCAUGCCGCAUUUCAAAAUAAGCAACAAUAGCGUAAGAUGUACUUUAGGGCUAAUGUAGUGUCGAUUGUCACCUGUGGGCUGUCAGCUGUUGGUGUGGGGUUAUCCUCACGGUUUAGGAGUGAAGUGAUCGCGGCUGCAAGUGUACGCUGAGACUCGACGGGUUACCGCACGAUGUACACAGACCCCUGCCAGUACACGCCACGCAGGAAGCUACAUAGUAAAUAGAAUGCUCGUUUAUACGUCCCGUGACGGGCGCAGGAAAUGUCGACACUGCGUCUUGCUUUCUCCUGCCCCAGUGCGACCAAGGCAUCCACGUUUUUAAUUUUGAAAAAUUCCACGGACAGCUCGACAAAAGUAUAACAUUGUUUAAAAUAUUGCCAAAGAAAUGUUAUGACAUUUUCUCUCUUUUUUUAUGAUUGUGCUUCAUUUUGCACGUUAAUAUUACUCAAACUAAUGCAACCCUUCACUGUGGGGACAUGGGCCACGCCAUUGUCAGAUGCCAAUUUUCAUUGGGUGUGCAGUGUCUCGUUUGUGGAUGGACCGAGUUGGUCAGACCUGUGUUGUCGUGUUCGCACACUGUCAUUGAUCAUGCCAGGAUGUGUGUAAUCUUAGGCUGAGAUUGAUGUUUUCACAACCACUGACUUUGCAAGCACGAUUAAUGCUGUCAACUCGGACGCUACGGCAGAGUUUGAGGCAGAUUUAAACGUGUGUUUUGUCUUUUGCGUUUCCAAACCUUUUAAAUGGCUGGGGUGUUGGUGUGGAUUUUUAAAAAUUGUGGUGUUUGCAACAGAAGCUAUUUUUUAUUUCAUUUCAGCAAUAUAUGCUUAAAGUCUCUUAACAUUAAAUGCAUAUGUUGUCAUACGUAUACCAUUUUCAGCCAUUCCAAAUCCACUGUUGGAUGAAGGCUGCUCAAUGUCGACAGCAGCACUGUCCAACAUUCCAUACGGCCACAAUGCAUUUCACUCGCAAACCUCCUCCCGAUACCUUCCCGGUCUCCUAUGGGCUUCGUCGUACAUCGUGCGAUGCGUUGUACUGGCCUGAAGCGAAUGCAAGGAACACUUUUCAGAAGACGUUGAUUUUUAUAUUUUUCUGAAAUGUGCGACUUCAACGAAGAAGUCUGGCUGACCUCUGCGUUUUAAGUGCAUCCACACAAAUGUACCGUCCAUUGCCACAUGCAAGCUUGUUCUGCCCCCCCCCCCCCCCGUGGAGUUGUGGCAACGAUUUACGUUUGGGAGGGGGGGCAGUGGCACUUUUCUUUUUUUAAACACCGCGAGAGAUGCCCGCACUCAAUGUGCCGCCUGCGCUCUGUGCAUUUUUAACCGAAGCAGCCUCUUCUGUGUUCCCAACGUGCCUGCUGCCCGUAAAAGCCAUCCUGCAUUACUUCGGCCAGGGUAUCGGGCACUGCAAGUCCCGCUGGAGACUGCAGAUUCGCAUUUAUCUCGAGAAGAUAUUUCGACUCUUGAAAAGUGCCUCAUUCCGUCCAUGGUGUUCACGGAGUCUCUGGGGGGGGGGGGGGGGUGCUUCCGUUUCUCUCGCAUUGCACUGAUUGUGUCACGAGUUGAGAGGGAGACUGUUGAGGCUCGCCGAUGGGGGGAGAUGGAAAGAGUGUUUCCUUGGGUCGUCACCGUUUGGCGAUCGGUGGACACUUAUGGGGCGGUGAUGACUUCAUUUCUUCUGGAAACCUAAGUUGACGUUCAAACAUUGAAUAAAUGUUGCCGUUUAAA